UCGGCGGAUUGGCGCUUGCGUAAUAGCAUUGUUUAGCAGAGCAGAAUGUUAAUGACUGUUUAACUUUUCCCAAUUUUUUUUAGCGUUUAAUCUUAAAUUUCGUCUGGAUUCAAAGGUGGUUCGAAACGGGUCAACAAUGGCAGAUCAGCAACAGUUCUUCUUGAAAUGGAACGACUUUCAGAGCAACAUGGUGUCGUCGUUUCGGCACUUGCGGGACGAGAAGAGCUUCACCGAUGUCACCUUAGCCUGCGAGGGCCAGACCUGCAAAGCGCACAAGAUGGUGCUGUCGGCGUGUAGCCCGUACUUCAAGAGUCUGUUGGAGGAGAACCCGUCGAAGCACCCCAUCAUCAUUCUCAAAGACGUGGCCUACAGCCACCUGCAGGCGAUUUUAGAGUUUAUGUACGCGGGGGAGGUGAACGUGAGCCAAGAACAACUGCCCGCCUUCUUGAAAACGGCGGAUAGACUCAAAGUGAAAGGACUGGCCGAGGCCCCCCAAGCAAUUAAACGUGAAUAAGAUAGCUCUAAGACACACUUUAGUUUUCUGUAGAGGUACGGUGCCUUACUCUUUUGUUGUCGACUAUAGUAGUAAUUUAUUGAACUUCACAUGUUCCUAGUUGAUUUUUUCUGCAGUUGCCAAAUGUACGCGGACAUUUACCAUCCGUAUAUCUACAGGAAAUUACUGUCUUGCACAUAGUAUAUUUCAUUUUACAAAAAAAAAUACAUUUGAUAUGCAUUUUACAUGUACUUCAAGUCCGAGAUUCGCGUGACUGUAAAAAGAAAUAUAUUUUCGGGAUAUUACUUCUUUUCCUAAGUAUGUUUUGUAAAAGAUUUUUAUAUGAGUUUGUUUUAUAGUUUUAUAUCUAUACAUAAGGGUUUCAUUUGUAAUUAGUGUCAAUUGUAUUUUUAUAGAUCAUCUAUGAGUUGCAGACUUCAACAGACAUUAGUUAAUUACCACAUUGUUACCACAUACGUUUACACUCUACAGAAGUUCUCAUCUUUUUUAUUGUUUCAAUUUUCUUUAGAACUGUAAUUCAAUUGUAAUAAAAUGUUGUACAUUGA